AUGUGUUCUCAUCACAGAGAAGAGAGUGAAAGAGAGAAUACCCCUCAGUUGCCAGUGGAUGCUCAAGAUGACGUGCUUCCAAGAGAUAUUCCGCAUCGCACCACCUUCUACGACUCUGUCGUUGAGCGGCAAAUGUCCCAGGCAGAUGCCAAGCUCUUUUACCAGCGCAGCCAGCUAGACGACUCUCGGAGCUCGGUGGCUGGUGAACCAGCGCCGUCAGCCUCGUACAAUGACCCGGUCGCAGCUUUGGCUUCAGGUUCGGGACUCGAGUACGAGGAGGAUACUGAAUUUCCAGGCUCAUUCGGAAAGAGUCCCAGAGCUGGUGUAGACAGUGUGAGAAUCGCUGCUGAAGCGAGCAGAGGAAUCUCCAACAACUUUCUGGACUCUCAGCCACAAGUGACGGCAGAGCUAAGCUCGAUUUCCAAGAGCAUAGAAGAUAUCAUAGCUCUGAGACAAAAGUACUUGGCUCUCUCACUGCAACGGCCAGAAGAUGACCCGAAGAACAGUCCUGACUGGGAGAUUUAUCCAUUUGGGGAUGAGUCAGGAGACGCUUUCGACAUGGAGCAUUGCAUGCCACUGCCACCCAACGAUGAUAGCAUGGCAUAUAAGCUUAGCGACAGUGGCGUUUAUGAGAUAUUCAAGAACGACGAUUCUCAGACGCUCGCUUUCUCAGCCCCCACCAUUCGACAGUUCUACAUGGAUCUUGACAGCAUCCUGACUGCCUCCUCAGACGGGCCAAGCAAGAGUUUUGCCUUCCGCCGCCUUCAAUACCUGGAAGGCAAGUUUAACCUGUACGCGCUCCUCAACGAGUAUCAAGAGACUGCGGACAGUAAAAAGGUUCCUCACCGUGACUUUUACAAUGUCCGAAAGGUAGACACCCACGUCCACCAUUCGGCGUCUAUGAAUCAGAAGCACCUGUUGCGCUUUAUUAAAAGCCGGAUGAAGAAGAAUCCUGACGAAGUUGUUCUGUUUCGUGACGGAAAGCAUUUGACGCUUGCGGAAGUUUUUGCUAGUAUCAAUCUCACGGCUUACGACUUGAGCAUUGAUACGCUGGAUAUGCACGCUCACACAGAUUCCUUUCACCGGUUUGACAAGUUCAACUUGAAAUACAACCCCAUUGGAGAAUCUCGACUUCGAGAGAUUUUCUUAAAGACGGAUAACCUCAUCAAGGGCAGGUAUCUCGCUGAACUUACUAAAGAAGUUAUUUCGGAUCUUGAAGCUAGCAAGUACCAAAUGGCUGAGUGGCGUCUUUCCAUUUACGGCAAGUCUCUGGAUGAGUGGGAUAGACUGGCAGCUUGGGUUGUCGACAAUAAGCUGUUCUCACAAAACGUCCGCUGGCUCAUCCAGGUGCCUCGUCUAUACGAUGUGUAUAAAGAUAACGGUCUGAUGGAGUUGUUUGAACAAAUUGUCACCAACGUCUUCCAGCCACUCUUUGAGGUUACCAAGGAUCCCUCAAGCCACCCAAAACUGCACAUCUUCCUUCAACGUGUUGUCGGUAUUGAUACCGUUGAUGAUGAGAGUAAGAUUGAGAGAAGACUAUACCGAAAGUUUCCUGUCCCAAAGGAGUGGAAAACGAAGCAAAAUCCACCAUACAACUAUUGGAUCUACUACCUCUUCUCCAACAUAGCGUCUCUCAACUUCCUGCGCAAGAAGCGCGGCUUCAACACUCUUAUCCUGCGGCCGCACUGUGCCGAAGCUGGAGAUCCAGAGCACUUGGCGGCUGCGACGCUUUGCUGCCACAGCAUCAGCCACGGAGUCUUGCUUCGCAAAGUCCCAUUGCUGCAGUAUGUGUUCUACCUAGAGCAGAUUGGAGUUGCCAUGUCUCCGCUUAGCAACAACGCACUCUUCUUAUCGUACGAUCGCAAUCCGUUCCCGCAAUACUUCAAACGAGGCCUCAACGUGUCUCUCUCGACUGACGACCCAUUGCAAUUUGCAUUCACCAAGGAGCCGUUGAUGGAGGAAUACGCAGUUGCCGCACAGAUCUAUAAGCUUAGCCCAACAGACAUGUGUGAGCUGGCUAAGAACUCGGUCCUGCAAAGUGGCUACGAGGCGGCUGUCAAACGCCACUGGUUAGGCCCAUGCUUUGAUAAGCCAGGCAAGGAAGGGAACACUAUGGCCAAGACCAAUGUCCCUGAUAGGAGAGAGGAAUUCAGAUAUCACACGCUGCUUACAGAGCGGGAGGUAUUGAGCCGAUACGCUGCGUUUAACACCAAUGCUGAACAGAGAAACGCCAAGAGUGACUUGGCAGCGCAGGCACCAAGCGGAAUUUUACCAUCUUCAAGCGCAACAGAAGCUGCAUCAAGCAUCACGAGCCCGACUUCUGCGUCCGAACAAGGGCUGCCUCAUCGAAGUACUUCCAAUUCAGUUGCCGAUGCGCACAUCUCGGGCAGCGAUCCGAUGAUUUUCCCCGGCAUCUGGAGCCGGGAUCGCAGUCAGCGUAAUUUAACAAAGAUGGACAGCUGGGGCGUUCAGUCCACUGAGCUGCCUAAUAGUCCAGACACUGAAUAA